AUGCUCAUGUUGAUUUUUCAUUUGAAAAAUUGGCGAAUUACUGGUAUUGAUGAACACAGUAUUAGUCUAGCAUUUUCUCAUUUUGGCAAUGAAAUUAAAAAUUAUUUUUUAACACCACGUGUAUUUGAAAGUUUUGGGGCGUUCAACGAAGACGAAGCGAAUGAUACCGAUGAAGAUUAUCGAUCAGAAGAUGAUGAAUUGAUGAUGGAAGAUUAG